UUAACCGACUUCUCAGGCGUUUUCAAGAGGACGAUUCGUACCAGGGUAAAACUACUCAUGCACCAUGCACUUUUCGCUUGAUUCAUCAAUCUCCUGCGUGCAUCCAUAACUCAAUUGUGUGGAGGUUGUGGUACUUAGCUUUUGUCAAGUAAACAAGGAGACAUGUUUUAAUGGCUUCUUCUACCAAAGAACUAUCUAAUUAUGCACGACUGUGUCGCCUUGUCAUAGAUGUUGGAUCAUGUUUGUUAAGGGAGAUCUUUGACAGGAUAUCUCCACCAGGAAACUUUCUCACAGUUUUGGCUAAUCCCACAAUCUAUGCAAAAUUACAAACACUGCGAAAGAAGAGAGUCCUGAGUACCUCCCAGUGGUAUAAACUGUACCCUGUCAACAAAUCUUCAGUUUCCUCAAGGGACUUUGACACUUCACUACUGCUACUUCUUCUGAGGAAUAUCUGGGGUCUGACCCUCCCUGCCUCUGGCCAGGAUGACCUUCCUCUGGUAACAGACACCACUCCAACAGCUGACAUCACUCGUAUCAAGAUCCUCAGAGACAGAGUCUACAGUCAUGCUGCUGAUGCUUCAAUUGAUGACGUAACUUUCAGUUCUUAUUGGUAUGAGAUCAAAGACACCUUUCUGCGUAUCGGAGGGGCCUGCUAUGAGGAUGCUAUCAAUAAGAUUGAAAUUGAUAGUAUGGAUGCCUAUCUUGAGGAACACUGGAAGGAGUGUUUCAGAGAAUGGAUGAAGGAUGAUGACUGCAUCACAGACAAAUCACAUGAGCAUGGAAUAGUUAAGAAAGCUGCGAAGGCACGGAAGAAAUGCGAAGGCACGGAUGGUUCCUUUGACAUUUCUGUGCAAAAAUCUGGGAUGGAAGAGCUAGUAAUAAUUCCAGGGGAAAAAAGACCAGCAGACAAUGGCAAUGCUAACCCACCACAGCUCAGUAUGAAACUACCAAAAAGGAGUGAUCUUCCUGAAACCUCUUCUGCUUGGAGCAAUGUUGAACGCCCUGUUGAUAUUCUGUUAUUAACAGUGGAAGACUGUGAGUUCUUAAGCUGCUUUGCCUACCUGAAGGAACCGUUUAAGAGUUACCACAUCAGUAUUGGCUAUGUGUACUUUGGGUACAUGGGUGAUGAUCAGGGAAAGAAAAUGAAAAUUGCAUUGAUGAGGUGCUCCAAAGGUUCUGAUGUUCCUGGGGGCUCUUUGUCUGUGACAAAAGAUGCCAUAUUGCUACUUAGACCCAAGGCUAUUUUUUCUGUUGGUGCCUGCAGUGGUUUGAACCGCAGAGAGGUCAAGCUAGGAGAUGUGGUUGUUUCAACAGAGCUGACUACAUAUGCACACAGAACUCCUCCCAGCAGAGAUAUUGGUAUCCUGGUCAGACAUAUGGCUGAUGGGUGGAAGGCACCUUUACAAAAUGCUGAUGAAUAUAAUGCCAAAGUGCACUGUGAUGGAGUGUUUCUGAGUAUCUCAGAGGCAAACAAGGACAUGAUUGGCCAACAUCCUGAAGCAAUUGCAGUUGGAAUGGAAGGUGGAGAUGUGUUUGCAGCAGCCCAUGAUUUGAAAACAGAAUGGGUGGUGGUCAAGGGAAUCAAAGACUUUGUAGAUGACAGUCAUGAGUCAUCAAGUGAGAAAUGGAAACAGAUUGCUUGUGUGAUGGCAGCAUCUCUUGUGGCCAACAUUUUGAGUGAUUCAAUUGUAUUCCAACAUUGGCCUAACUUUGAUGCAG